GCCGUCUGCUGUUCGCGCUCGUGGCACCGUUACUGCACGCGCGCGCUGAUCCCGGGAGCUCGGGAUUCUGUUGACGUUUUGGAAUAUUUUGGGGAAACGGGACAGAGCAACAGCGGUGUGUGUGUGUGUGUUGAUAGACAUGCGUAAAGAUGAUGGAGAGUUUUCCCGCAUGGCACUGAGACCGAGGCGCGCGCAGGAAUUCUCUCCUUCACGCGCGUGGAUGUGAUGUUAAUGAUUUAGUGAGAAUAUAUUUGGGAGAAUCUCAGCAUGACCUCUGUGAGCGGGAAUAAAGACAGGAGCGGCAAAAACCGGAAACACACGAUGACGGAUUGUUCUCCUACCAAAUCGGCCUCGUUCUCUCCGGACUCGUGGUACCGUAAAACAUGUGAGGAGUCUCGCUCUGGGUUCCGCCCGGUUCCUGAGGGAGCUCGCUCUGUUCCUGGUUCCUCAGGGGCCCCUUCCCCCGGCUCUGGAACCUCCUCUCCGGGUUCAUUCUCCAGCUCUCCAGGCACCGUGUCUCCAGGAAUCGGGACAAGUUCUCCUGGAUCUCUGGGAGGUUCUCCAGGGUUUGGUACUGGUUCUCCGGCCUCAGGCAGUGGCAGCUCCCCAGGAUCCGAGAGAGGAACAUGGUGUGAUACCUGCACCUGCCGUCUGGUGGAGCUAAAGAGGCAAGCAGCCAAACUGCUCCUCCCUGGACCUUACUCCUCCAAGGACCCGUCUCUCUCUCUCCUUCUCCAUGAUAAGUUGCAGAUUCCCAGCAGCCCAAGGAAAGCCUGGAACGAGCACGAGAGCCGCUGCGAAGUUUGCUUCACACACCUCAGCCAAUUAAAACAGGAAGCUGUACGGCUGGUUCUCACCUGUGACGUGUCUCCUGGGUCUCCGCCCUCUCUUGCCUCAUUGGUGGGUACGAGGAGCCUCAUCCAAGGCUCCACCCCUACCCACCUGUCAGGAUCGUACCAUCCUGUCACUCCAUCAUCCUCUUCUAACAGCGCAGUCCCGGCCUCCAGCGUCUCAUCAACGUGCAGUGCAAACACAGCCCCUAGCACUAGCAUUAGCAACCCUAGCCUUAGCAGUCCUCAUCAUGCCAAACACGGCAGCAAACCCAACACGCUCGGUGUGGAGAGGAAAUCCGGCUCUCCGGCACACACGCACCCUGAGAACACCUGGUCACCUGCACACGUGUCUCGCUCCAAUGGAGUCACGCUCAUCCCUUAUCAGAUGUCAGACAGCAAUAAAGAGUGCACGAGUGAAGCUGCACUAAACCGCUGUAACAUGGAUCGCCUGAUUCCGCCCCUGGCUCCGCCCACCACAGCGCCCUCUACAGGAUCAUCAGCUGCUGCCUCCUUCUUCGCCAGAGCGGCACAGAAACUGAACCUGUCCUCUAAAAAGAAGAAGCAGAAGCCGACGCCCACUGCUCCACUGGCCCCACCCCUUUUCCCAACGAACUUCAGCGGGAUCCUGCAGGUCACUCCGCCCCCAGCCCCACCCUGUCUCCUCAGAGCUGUCAGUAAAGUCAGGGAUAAUCCAGGACUCGGCAAGGUGAAAGUGAUGCUGCGUGUGUGUGCAGUUUCCCACGCCGAGUCCAGCUCCUUCCUGAAAGUGGACUCUCGUAAGAAACAGGUGAGCAUUAUGGACCCGGCCGCUAACUCCGCCUCUCAGCAGAGCUCCAAUCAGAAACGAGGAGUCCCCACCCAAGCCCCGCCCAAAAUGUUCACCUUCGACUCUGCUUUCUCACACGAUGCCUCACAGGCAGAGGUGUGUGCAGGUACUGUAGCCGAGGUGAUCCAGUCAGUGGUGAAUGGAGCAGAUGGAUGUGUGUUCUGUUUCGGUCACGCCAAGCUCGGAAAAACCUACACCAUGAUUGGGAAGGACGACUCCAUGCAGAACCUGGGCAUUAUCCCCUGCGCUAUCUCCUGGCUCUUUAAGAUCAUUACGGAGCGGAAGGAGAAGACAGGCGCUCGGUUCUCCGUCCGCGUCUCCGCAGUGGAGGUCUGGGGGAAAGAAGAGAACCUGAAGGACCUGCUGUCUGACGUGGCCACGGGCAGCUUACAGGACGGCCAGUCUCCUGGAGUUUACCUGUGUGAGGACCCCAUCUGCGGGAUGCAGCUGCAGAAUCAGAGCGAGCUGCGAGCGCCAACAGCAGAGAAGGCUGCGUUCUUUCUGGACGCCGCCAUCGCAUCGAGGUACAGCAGCCGAGCCGAGUGUGACGAGGACGAACAUCGCAACUCGCACAUGCUCUUCACACUGCACAUCUACCAGUACCGCAUGGAGAAGAGCGGGAAAGGAGGAAUGUCCGGAGGCCGCAGUCGCCUGCACCUGAUAGAUUUGGGAAGCUGUGUGAAGGAGUUGGCGAAGCCCCGUGAGAGUGCCACGCCUACUCAGUGUCUGUCUCUCUCGGCCCUGGGGAACGUCAUACUCGCCCUCGUCAACGGCUCCAAACACAUCCCCUUCAAGGACAGUAAGUUAACAAUGCUGCUGCGAGAGUCGCUUGGAAACAUGAACUGUCGCACCACCAUGAUCGCACACAUCUCCUCGUCUCCCAGCCACUUUUCAGAAACACUCUCUACACUACAGAUCGCUUCUCGAGUGCUGAGGAUGAAGAAGAAGAAGACCAAAGUAAACGUGCAAUACACUUCCAGUUCCUCUGGUGGAGAAAGUUCAUGUGAGGAGGGCAGAAUGAGACGUCCGACUCAGCUUCGAAACAUACACUCCAGGAACGUUAGAGACCCUGAAAUACCACUGCUCCACAUUUCCAGCGACCCAGAUGAUUAUUCUAGCAGCGAGCAGUCCUGCGAUACUGUAAUCUAUGUAGGUCCAAACGGUACCGCGCUUUCGGACAAAGAGCUCACAGAUAAUGAAGGUCCUCCAGAUUUUGUACCUAUCAUCCCAUCUAUACACAAGUAUAAAAGCGACCAAGGCAAACUAGCACAACCAUCUCAGUUGGGUGAUUCUCUAAUUCAGCCUUCACAAACUGUCCAGUCAAUUCAAACCAUUCAUGCUCAGACGCUGCCUCCUGUACCUGAAGAAACUGCAGAGUCUAGCAAGCAGGAAAAGGAUUGUCUCAAAUGCAACACAUUUGCAGAACUGCAGGAGCGACUGGGGUGUAUUGACGGCAGCGAGGAGGUGAACACGUUUCCUUUUGAAGAAGUUCCAGCCAGCAAACUCAAGAAAAUUGAGCCUAUUUCAUCUCGGACCAUCACAAGCUCUCCCAAGAGGAUCUCUAAUGAUCAGCAGCUGGAGGAGAUCCGUGAAGUGGUGGAGGAAGCAGAGAUUGCGCAGUCCAUUAUAGAAAAUCUGACAAAGUCUUCAAUAAACAAUUGUGUUCUUUCUACUAGUCGGAGUGUAACUGGAGGUAGUGGUGUUGGUCAGCUCACAUCCCUUCAAAGGGCCAACAGCUCCAGUCUUCAUAAUAGCAGAGAGUCCAUUAGUGGAGGAAGCAGCAGUGAUGGCAAACCUCGUCCCAUGGGUUCCCCCAGGCUAGGAAUUGCUAGUUUGACCAAAACAUCAGAAUACAAACCUCCCUCCUCACCUUCUCAGCGCUGCAAAGUUUACACUCAGAAAGGAGUAAUGCCCAGCACACCUCCGCAAUCCUCACAAAAUCUGUACAGAGAUUCAGUAAAGUCAUCCACUGAGUCCUUGCUUCAGGGUGAAUUUAGAACAUCUCCAGUUGGGAUGGGUCCUCAGGUACUUAAGCACUCUUCUUCAUCAAACAGUUUGGGAUCAGUAGAUACACUGGGUGACGAUGUUCCUCAACUCCCUCUGGACAACAAGAACAGCACAACGAUCACCUUGCAGCAGUUCACAGAGCCACAGGAUGAGGACGAGUUGGUAUUUACUCUUGUUGGGGAGCUAACAGUAAAUGGGAUCAUAGAGGAUGGCAGGCCCACCAGUAUUAUUAGCUUCAACAGCGACUGUUCAGUUCAGGCUCUUGCAUCAGGUUCACGGCCCAUCAGCAUUAUCAGCAGUAUGAGUGAAGAUAUGGAAUGCUACAGCAGUACAGUCUCCACUACCAAUGCCACCAUCUCAGAAACCAACAUUGCUAGCUUCCUGCCUCUUAGCAAGGUUGAAGGAGAGGUCAUCAUGAGCCGAUGUUCUUCAAAAGGUUUAUGGCAGACUGAAAUGAGCACAGGAAUUGGUGGAAAACAGUCUUGCCAUAGCUUUGUUACGCAGCAAUGCUUUGGGCAGGGUGAGGGACUAGCUGAGGUUCAGCUUCUGGAAAUGAGUGAGGAAAGAGCAAAUGAAGAACUCACGGAACACUUCAAGGAGGCUGGGAAGGAUUUCUGUGUAAUUGAAACUUCUAACCAAACAUCUCCAACUGUGGGAAAAACAACAGUGACCAUUUCCAAUAUUCAGACAUUAUGCACUUUAAACAGCUUUUCCCCUAAUAAAACUAAUAUAACUGCCCAGCCUUGUUCUGCUGUAAAGCCGAUCAUGCAUGAACCACCAGCCAAACACGCUUUAGUCAAAGAUUCCAGAUCUCCACCAGUUCCUCUCUCAAGUGAGAUCAUAUUUGAUGAUCCCUGGAUGAAAAUGGAUUCCUCCAAACCCGAGGAACUUGUCUGUGAGGUAAAUCUGGAGAAUGGAACAUCUAAUAAUAUAAAGAGCAAACGUGUGAUUAACAGAAACAGUUCAAGCAGCGGUGAAGCAGUAGGAUCUCCAGAUUCCUUUAAGAGAGUUGUAGAUGGUUGUGAAAUGGUUCUUAAUGCUUCAGAAAGCAUCACUCCAGUGUUUUCAGCUAACAUCCUCAGAACUGGCAGCCUUCCUAGGGCAUGGCAUCGAUUAAACAAACAGGAUGAGUUUGAUGACUCUUCCUAUCACUAUACAAGUGGAGAAUAUAAAACCCUUGGAGUUACCACAUCCACUCCAUGCAGUCCUCGAGCCACACUGGAAAGGCGAGGAUUAUCUGGAAAGCAAGGGUUCUUUACCCGUCCAAAAGGAAUUCCACCCUUACCACCUGUGAGGAAGUCAAGUCUUGACCAGAGAAACAGAGCCAGUCCCCAGCAUAAUCCGACAAGUAACCAGAGUUCAAACCUUCACUUAUCCUUCUUUGGCAGCACACCAGAGGAUUUGGGUAUAAAUGGUAAGCAAACAGGAGCAAAUUUUGAGAGCAGUAGGCUGUUCAGUGCGAAACUCGAACUGUUAGCAAACAGAACCAAUUCUUUGGGACGAUCUCAUGGUGCCCGCUAUGAUUGUCAUUCCCUGGAGAGAGGGGAGAGCCUUAUGCUUGCUGGGUCUAAGGCAGCUGUAGUGAGAGAUAGCACCAUGCCCCGUGUGGGCAGAAGCCUUACACGUAACUUAGUUUCCUCUCCAACAAAUGGAUCAAACUCCAGUGUACCACAGUCACCCAAAUCAAGCCAAUCCAAAAUUUCAGCUGUUACCAAACUUCUCAUGGCCAGUCCUAAAUCUCGAAGCCUUUCUACAACUACCACCAAGACCCUGAGCUUCUCCACCAAAUCGCUUCCACAGUCAGUAAACCGGAGCUCCAGCCUGCCCCCAAAUGGAAAGAACCCAAAUUUAAAUGCCUGGUCGACUCAGUCGCUAAGCCGCAACAGGGGAUCAGGGUUUGUGUCAAAGCUGCCCUUCAGAGCUGUAAACGGACGAAUCUCAGAACUUAUGCAGGGCAGUGCUGGCCAGGCCGAUCACGGACGAGGAACAUGCAAUGUCGAAGAAAAAGCAGUACCAGUCCAGGGUGAGGAACGGCCAGGGGUCAAUACUUUACCGUCCCCUUACAGUAAGAUCACCGCUCCACGCAGGCCACAUCGCUGCAGCAGUGGGCAUGCUAGUGACAACAGCAGUGUUCUGAGUGGAGAGCUACCUCCAGCCAUGGGGAAAACUACCCUUUUCUACCACAGUGGGGGCAGUAGUGGCUACGAGAGCAUGAUACGUGAUAGCGAGGCCACUGGAAGUGCAUCCUCAGCUCAGGACUCUAUGAGUGAUCACAGCAGUUCAGUUAGUGGACGGAGGAGUCUGAAAAAUGCAAAGAAAAGAAACAACACAGGCACCCAGAGGAGGCGUCUCAUUCCCAAUUUGACCCUUGACCCCACUUCCCCAGUGAGGAAGCCAGUCCUGAGCCCUGGAGUGCGCUGGGUCGAUGGUCCUCUCCGCCCCCCUCAGAGGGGCGUUGCCGAACCCUUCGAGAUUAAAGUUUAUGAGAUCGACGAUGUGGAACGUCUGCAGAGAAAGCGGGCUGCCGGCCCUAAGGGCGUGGUGUACUUCAGCGCUAAACUUAAGAUUCUGGAGCAUCGACAGCAGAGGAUCUCAGAAAUACGAACAAAAUAUGACUGGCUGAAGAAAGAACUGGAACAAACCAAACAGCAUCUGAUGCUCGAGCCCGAGAAGUGGACCUCAGAGUUUGAUGUGGAGCCGGUAUUCGAGGUCGACUCUCUAGAGUAUUUGGAGGCGCUGGAGUUCGUCACUCAGCGGCUGGAGAAUCGAGUAAAUUUCUGUAAAGCUCAUCUGAUGAUGGUCACAUGUUUCGACGUCACCUGUCGCCGACGGUAACCGUGCAGGAAAACAGAAAGUUCAGUAGUUUCAGCGUAUGCGUCUGUAAUUAUAAUAUAAGGGGAUCAGAAACAGGUCAUAAAUUAAACAGACAGGAAACCUAAAUGUCAUUUUUAAAAAGUGGAUUUCUUUGAAUGUAAAAAAAAAACAAAAAAAAAAACAGGGACUUUAACAUAUAUUGACACAGACAAUGUUAAUGUUAUAAGUUAUUAAGCAGCUGUGUCACAUGACCUGGGGUGUUUUCCUAACACUACUUAGCUUAUUAGCUAGCAAAGGUAUGAUGUUAUGGUGUCAAACUGAAUAUUCUUUAUUUAUGAUUGAGGUAAAAAAAAGCAACUCACAUAGACCUUUAAAUGGGACUAGAAUAACAGGAUCGUUUCCCAAAUCUCAUAAAAGUGACACAAAUUCCGCAUUAGCAUGUGCAGAUCUUCUGCUUUGUUGAUAUAAAAAAAAGAUAUUUUACCAAAUCUUUAACAGAAACAGGACGUGCAGUUUGGGGAUAAAGUAGUUUGCUUGUAAAUAGUUCGCUUGCUUGUUUUAUUCGAACGAGGCCUGAUUUGAUAUGAAACGAGGCAGAUAUGAAUGAAAUGAGAAAAAAAAGAACAAAGAAGAUUAAAAAGGAACAAAGUGCCUUGAGAAUAAUUUUAGUAUUAUGAUGAUUUGUGUACAGACGGUGCUCGCUUAAAACAAAACAAGAGAAAAAGCAAAACAGAAAAUAGAACAAGAAGAGCUUGGUUAACUCUGUGUUUUAUUUGUCAGGUUAUUUGUACUAAACGUAUUUGCAACUUGUUACGUGUUUUUUAUUUUUGAGUUUGAGAUUUAUAGUCAAAGAGACCACACAGAGUCGAACCAUAUUUCACUGCUUUUUAGCAUUUAAAAAAAAAAAUCUGUAAAAGAAUAAAUGUCUGAAAAAAGAAGAGGGAAAAAGAUUUUUGUUUAACAUGAAGUAAAGCCAUAAGUUUAGGAACCAAUCAGUGAUUAAUACACUGAGACGUACAGCACACUCCAUUCCAGGGUUAGGGGUCGGGGCUAGAGGUUUAGGGGUUUAGAAUUGGAUUAUAGGUUUAGGGGUUUAGGUAUUAGGGUUAUUGUUUUAGGGGUUAGUGAUUAGGGCAAGAGGUUUUUGUCUUAGGGAUUAGGGUUCGAGGAUUAGGGAUUUUGGAUUAGGAUUAGAGGUUUAGGUCUACAGAAUUAGAAUUACUGUAGAUGUUUGGGGUUUAGGCUGAGAGAUGUAAGGAUUAUUUCUUAGGGUCAGAGGUUUAGGGAUUAGGGAUAGGGUUAGAGCAUUUGUGUUAGGGUGCUUACUAUGUUGUGGAAUUGGAUGAAAGUCUCUGAUACACAAUCUCACUCAUCAAGUAUUUAAAUUAAGAAUUAUAAAUAUUUCUCAUCAAAUGGAUUCCCUCUGUCUCCUUUAUUGUUUUUAUUAAAGGUGCUCCAUUUUUUUCCCCUUUAAUUUACCCAAGAUAUAAAUCUUUGUGAAGUCCUGCUGGUGUUUUGCUGCAUGCUGUAGAUCCUCGCUGUGUGUUCUCCCUCUGUGUGGUCUCACCGUCGUGCUGCCAGUUAUUCAACUUUAAUAAAAUGAAAUGUUUAUAUUCGGUGCUCGAGUUUAAAUGUUUGUAUACUAAAACUAAAGAAAGAACAAAAGAAAAAAAGAAAAAAAAAACAUUUCAUCAUGCUUUUUUUUAUGAAGGAUAUUAUUUAUUUUAUAUCUCAGAGCUGUGUGUAGUGUAUAAUUUAUUUUACGCUCCACCAAAUACUAUGCAUUUAAUCUGUACAUCAUUUACAAGUAUGUAUGUAUAUAAUAUUUUGCUCUUUAUUUAGCAUUUUUCAUGCUUAUUCAUAAAAAAAUAUUUUCUCACCAUAAAUUUCUGCUUUUAAGGUUAAAAAGGCAACACAUCGUCUUUAUGUUGUACAAACUGUCUUUUAUGCACUCUUUUUUUUUUCCUGCUUGAGUCGUUGUUUCUGCCACUCCAGAUCACAAUUCUUAAACAUUUCCUGGUCAGAAAAAUGAGCGAUUCAGGAGACAAAGUGUUUAUGGAGAUAAGCGGCACAAUGUCGGUGUGUUUGUGUCUUGUGGAAAAAAAAUAAUCUGAAUGAGAAUCCGAGACGGACGUAAAUAAAAAAUGUUUCAGA